AUGAAUGUACCCUUUAGUCCCUCCAAGCGUGGCAGAAUCAUUGGCAUGCUCGAUUGUGGCCUGAGCCAACGUGUCAUUGCCGCAAGGCUUGGUGUCAGUAAAGGGGCAAUUCAUGAUGCUAUACGGAGGCAACGGGAGCAUGGCUCCCAACAAACUCGUCCCAGAAGCGGCAGGCCUAAGGUUCUGGAUGCUAGGGACCAUAGGCGACUUGCCAGAGAGAUUAUGCUCAAUCCUGGCAAGCCUUGGGAGCAU